AGAGCGCGUAUGUUCUACAGUAGAUUAUCUCUUUAUGUCGUCAUAGUGGAUAUUGUUUAUGUUAAUAACAGACAGGAAGUAGAAACAGACGCGUUUGUUUAGAAUAUUGUUUUAUACCAGCAGCGUAUGUUUGGAUAUAAGAAACAAACUUGUUUAUCUUCGGAUUGAAAGUCACAAAUAUUAACCUGUACUUAUAAGAUCGCGGAAAUCGAAGAGAAUUCGCAGCAAAACGACAAUCGUUAAAACAGGCUACGGGAUAUUAAGAUGUCUAAGUUAUCAUCAAGCACCAUCCACGUUGGUGGAAAACCUACAAGCAUAUCUUUCUCGGGCUGUGGGUUCUUAGGAGUUUACCAUAUAGGGGUGGCAAGCUGUUUCAAAACUUAUGCGCCUGAUCUGGUGUCAAGCUUCAACAAAAUAUACGGAUGUUCAGCUGGUUCUAUCAUCGGUGCUAUGUUGCUGAGUGACGUAUGUUUCGGGGAAGUUUGUGAGCGAACAAUCAAAAUUGUUGUGGAUGCAAGGUCAAGAACGUUUGGACCGCUAAGCCCGGGGUUUCGGCUUAAUGAAACUUUGUUGCGCGACUUUAGGUUAGGCUUGCCCAUCGACGCGCAUGUGAGAGCAACUGGUCGAUUGUUUAUUUCACUUACCAGGUUGCGUGACGGCAAGAACGUGAUUGUGAGCGAAUACGCAAACCGUGAGGAAUUAAUUCAAGUCUUAUUAUGUAGUUGCUUCGUCCCCUUGUAUUCCGGACUCAUUCCCCCUACAUAUAGGGGCGUACAUUACGUGGAUGGCGGGCUAUCAAACAACCUACCCGCUGAUAAUAACACCAUCACCGUCUCGCCAUGGUCAGGUUGUAGCGAUAUUUGUCCCAUGAACGACGGGUCCCAUUCAUUGAUCGAUCUUAGUUUCGUUAAUACCAGUAUACAAAUGACGGCGUCUAACAUGUACAGAUGUACCAACAUGUUCUUUCCACCCAAACCGGAUGUAUUAAAGGACUUUUGCUCCCAAGGUUUCCGCGAAGCUGCUCAAUACCUCCGCGACCAUGGUUUACUCGAAACAAACCUCCCGAUCAAGAAAAAUCUUUCGUUUUCAUCCCAGCUAUCAAACGUCAAGGGCCGUCGUAACUUAACGCGAAGGCUGUCACUUACAGCUCAAAGGAUCAGCGACGAUGACGUAGAGGGCAGUGACGUCAGCUAUACGUCAUCACUAUCCGAUUAUGACAUCGAAGAAUGUUUUGACGAGAAUUGUAACGAUUAUGACGUAAUAAAGCCCCUUCCUUCCCCCAGUGUAUUCACAGUGGUCCAUGUUUACCCUCCCGACAAAUCGCCAACAUUACAACUUAACUUUCAACUCCCCCCACCCGUUCUCGCAGCUUUAGAAACCGCUUUCCAAUCCUCGGCCACCCCAUGGAAAAUCCCUCUUUCACAUUUCAUCGGGAAUUGUAAAAAAUCUUUAAUCGUCCGCGUGCCAUUGGAUCGAACGUAUUCAAUUGCGACAUUUUUAUUACGUCAUACUGCGUCAUUCCCUGAUGACAUCACAUGGCUUGGUGAUCACUUACGUAUGUUGGUUGACAAAUUACAAAGUUACUUCAGAUGCAGAGGUAGCAAACUUGUGGGCAAGAUACGGAACAUGGGAAGUGAUGCGGCACAAGACCUCACCCAUCUUACACAAAAUAUGAAUAUAACUGUACAAUUGCUUACCAAGGCUCUAUGGGAUCGAGGUUACCCAUAUUAUACCACGUGGUUAGCCCCGUUAUGGUGUCGAAGUUUCAGUGGGGGAAUUCCCCAGGAAGACAAAAACAUUCUGCAACUAGUUUAAUAUGACGUAAUAAUUUAAUUUGUUUAAUUUUAUGUGACGUCAGAAUACUGUGCAAUAAUUACGUCAUAAUAUAAUUGGUGCAUACAUACGUACCUUAACAGUGUUAUUUCUCUAUUUCGAUGAACCUGGUGAACUUUGUGAAAAUAAAUUCUUUAAGCUGUGA